CCCCACCCCCCCCCUCCCCCCCCCCCUUCUCCUCCCCACGACCCCCCCCCCAACCCCCUUCCCCCUCCCCCGCCCCCCCCCAAACCCCCCUUUUCCCUACCCCGGGGCCCCCCCCCAAACCCCCCUUCUCCCCCCCCCACCACCCCCCCCCUCCCCCCCCCCUUCUCCCUCCCCCGGGCCCCCCCCCUCCCCCCUUCGCCCCCCCCCCGGCCCCCCCCCCCUCCCCCCUUACUCCCUCCACCGCCCCCCCCCCCCAACCCCCUUCCCCCUCCCCCCCCCCCCCCCCCAACCCCCUUCUCCCCCCCACCCCCCCCCCAACCCCCUUCCCCUCCCCCCCCCCCCCCCAACCCCCUUUUUCCCUCCCCAGGGCCCCUCCCCCUAACCCCUUCUCCCCCUCCCCACUCCCCGCCCCCUCCCCAACCCCCUUCUCCCCCCCCUCCCCAACCCCCUGCUCCCUCCCCACCCCCCCCUUCCCCUAACCCCCCCCCUCCCCCCGACCCUCCCCCCCCCCCCCCCCCUUCUCCCUCCCCCGCCCCCCCCCCCCUACCCCCUUCUCCCCCCCCCAGGGCCCCUUCCCAAAACCCCCCUUCUCCCCCCCCCAGCCCCCUCCCCAAACCCCCCUUCUCCCUCCCCACGCCCCCUCCCCCAACCCCCCUUUCUCCCCCCCCCCCGCCCCCCCCAAAACCCCCUCCCCCGCCCCCCCCUAACCCCUUUCCCCCCCCAGGGCCCCCCCCCCCAAACCCCCCCCUUCUCCCUCCCCCACGCCCCCCCCCCCCAAAACCCCUUCUCCCCCCCCCACGCCCCCCCCCCCCAACCCCCUUUUUCCCCCCUUUCCCCACGCCCCCCCCCCCAACCCCCCUUUUCCCCUCCCCCGCCCCCCCCCCCAACCCCCCUUCUCCCCCCCCAGGGCCCCCCCCCCCUAACCCCUUCUCCCCCCCCCCCACCCCCUUCUCCCCCCCCCCCAGCCCCCCCCCCCAAACCCCCCCUUCUCCCCCCCCCCCUUCCCCCUCCCCACCCCCCCCUCCCCCAAAAACCCCUUCUCCCCCCCCACGCCCCCCCCCCCCCAAACCCCCUUCUCCCCCCCCACCUCCCCCCCCAGGGCCCCCCCCCCCUCCCCCCCUUUCUCCCUCCCCCCCCCCCUUCUCCCCCCCCCCCCCCACCCCCCCUCCCCCAAACCCCCCUUCCCCCUCCCCACCCCCCCCUUCUCCC